CUUGGGGAAAGGUCAGAGAAGAUGGCGGCACUGGGAGCGCUUAGGAGCUGCUGGGCUUCAGGCCGGCUUUUGUCAGGUUCAUUACAUGCUCACAGCAAUCGACUCGCUUUCUGUCAAACUGGCAUUAAGAGGCAUUUCAGUAAUAAUAAGAUCAUUGUGGAGCUGGAUGAAGCAACAGGGGUAGCAGUCAUGAAAAUGAAAAAUCCUCCCGUGAACAGCCUUAGUUUGGACUUCCUAACGGAGUUCUCUAUCAGUCUGGAAAAGCUGGAGAUGGACCGUGGCUGCCGGGGUCUUAUUCUCACAUCUGCAUCACCCAAAAUAUUCUCUGCUGGGCUGGACAUAAUGGAAAUGUAUGGGAAAAGUGCUGAACACUACGCAGAGUUCUGGAGAGCAGUCCAGGAGAUGUGGCUGAAGCUGUAUGGAUCCAACAUGGUGACAAUAGCUGCUAUUAAUGGUUCGAGUCCGGCAGGUGGUUGCCUUAUGGCUUUGUGCUGUGACUACCGGAUAAUGGCAGACAAUCCAAAAUAUGCUAUUGGUCUGAACGAGACCCAGUUGGGCAUAGUUGCUCCAUUUUGGUUCAAGGACACAAUGUCAAACGUAGUUGGAAAUCGCGUGACUGAGCAGGCCCUUCAGCUGGGUCAGAUGUUUCCUGCUCCUGAAGCGCUCAAGUUUGGGCUUGUGGAUCAGUUAGUGGCAGAGGAGAAGGUACAGAGCACCGCAGCCUCAGUGAUGGCCCACUGGCUCAACAUCCCAGACCACGCCAGGCAGAUCACCAAGUCCAUGAUGCGCAAGCAGACAACAGACAAGCUAGUGAACAACCGAGAAGCUGACAUCAAGAAUUUUGUCAGUUUUAUCACAAGGGACUCUAUUCAGAAGUCUCUGCAGGUGUACAUGGAAAGACUGAAGCAAAGGAAAUAGUAGUUUACUUAAGGAGAAGCCAUAACAGUUGACAAACCGAACAUGCUGAGAAAGUGAAAAGGGUCUUUUACCAUUUGAGCGUUUCUGGUUCCGGUUUGUGACCGUGAUAAGUAUGGAGAACAUCAGUUCAUUAACCUGCUUUCUAAUGCUGCUAAUUUUUUCUAAAUGUUUAGCUUUGGGGUACACACUAAUCGAUUAAACAAAACUCCAUGUUUCCUACGUAUGAAAUUAAAAUGAUAUUUUGAGGAAAAAAAAAAA